UCAAACUACCGGACAUACGGAGGUGGUUCUCCAGGCAGGAAACAGGGAAGUACAGAGGCUGGAAGGAAUCUGUUACUUCAAAGCAUUCGUCAGACGGAUCCUAAUUACGCAGCAAGUGUUUGAACGCAUGAGUAAAGCUGCUUUUUUUUUUUAAAGGGCUCUUGUGCGUAAAUUGAGUCCUUUUUAAAUUAGGACACAUUGGCUCAAGAGAAUUUAGUGAGAAGUCGGUGUUUGGGGAGUUGAACGUGUUCAUUGAUUAAUCAGAUAUAUUGUGUGCGCGCACAAAGCCUUGUCUGUUCAUCUGGAGCGCCCGCCCACUGGGCUUUCUGCGGAGCGAUAGCAGGAGACUGAUGAUCGUCUCCGGGAUUCGCCGUGGAGAGAGCUGGAGUCUGCUUGGACUGACGAUCUGCUCUCCCAUCACCAGAGACGGAAGCGAGGGCUCAUUUCCAGUCUGACCACCGGGACUUUCACAUUCAGUGCACGAGGCUGCGUUGAAUCCCAGCAUCUCCGAUCACGCACAGGUUACUCUUUGACUUUUGCCAUUUUUUUUUGGUACCGAAUCGCCUCCGCAGUCUCGGUGGAUGCGUAAACGCGGAGUGGGUUGGGUCGCCCGGGCGCCUGGCGUACGCACACGUCGUCAGCGGUGAAAAAAGCGAGAUAGCAGGAGGAGGACACGGAGAGGUGAGUCGGACACUCGCUGGCAAACCCGCCGGUCUCUCCGGCUCUGGGGCUCAGGACAGGCUUUCGUUCGCCUGGGAUUCGCAGACCUUCCUCCUCUUCCUGAUCCAGGGGGAACAAGCGGUUUACACCACAUUGUCAAACCCCCGGCCAGACGCCGCCUCCUCCGUCUAAAGGGAAUAGCUGUUGUUGGAAGUGAAUCUGCGGGGCAACACCACACAAUGGCAACCGGUGCGCUCCUGCUGCUCGCCUGUGCGCUGCUCGCCGGUGUUGCCGUGGCUCAGAGAGUCGUAACGGUGGAGAGUGGACCGCUGACACGAACCGAGGGCUCCCACGUGACCAUCUGGUGCAACGUGACGGGCUACAAGGACGGGGUGGAGCAGGACUUUGAGUGGUCCAUGUAUCUGGCAGCGGCACAGGACCGGGAGAUCCGCAUUGUGAGCACAGCUCAGCCAAACUAUGCCUACACUGUGUACGCCCAGAGGGUGAACAGCAAAGAGAUCUUUGUGGAGAGGCUGAGCCGCGACUCAGCUGUGCUGCACAUCACCAAAGUGCAGGCCGGGGACCAGGGCCUGUUUGAGUGUUACACACCCAACACAGACGGGAGGUACCUUGGAUCGUACAGUGCACGCACCAACGUCACGGUCAUUGCUGACUCAUUGACAGUGACGGCUCCGGUCCAGACUCUGUCCAAGGUGGAGGGCGACACGCUACAGCUGACCUGCGAGGUGUCUCGGACCACGGUGCAGCACACUCACUUGUCGGUGGGUUGGUACCUGCGGUCUCCGGAGGAAGCCACCGCCCCGCCUCAGGAGCUGGUCACGUUGUCAAGGGACUUUGUUCUCCGCUCUGGUGGACCGUACCGGCAGAGGAUGGCAGCGGGGGACCUCCGACUGGAUAAAACCAGCGCCACAUCCUACAGGCUGACCAUUCACAAGCUGCAGCCCAUGGACCAGGGCCUUCUCUACUGCCAGGCUGCAGAGUGGAUUCAGGAUGCGGACGGUAGCUGGUUCGCCAUGACCCGCAAGCAGAGCGAAAAGACUCAGCUCCGCAUUCAGCCCACUGAUCGGGACUUCAGCAUCCAGGUGAGCACAGAGCGACGGUCCUUCACGGCCGGUGAGCCGCUGGAGCUUCGCUGCACAAUCGAGGCCCAAAAUGUCCCCGAGCGUUUCUUCUCGGUGUCGUGGGUCUUCAGCAGCUCACCGGUGGCCGUGGUGGGCCCCAGUGCCGUGCCUGUCCUGGGCCCCGAUUACGUCGCACGUGAGGCCGCUGGACACAUAACCGUGCGCAAGGAGAGCCCCAACGUGCACCUGCUCAAGCUGCAGCACCUGCGGUCCGAUGACGCCGGGAAAUAUAUCUGCCGCGUGACCGAGCGGGAGAAGACGCCCACGGGAGACUUCAUCGACCGCAGCAAGAGGUCUCGCAACGUCCAGAUCACAGUCCAGCCACUCAAGAGCAACAUCACCGUCGCGCUGUCCAUCAACUCCUCGGAGGUCCUGGAGGGCGACGCCAUCCAGUUAACCUGCUCUGUCCAGUCCACUACAGGCCCUCUGUCCGUCGUCUGGCAUUGGACAGACAAGCAGGCAAACGUGCCGCCCGAGGAGGUGGCCUCUGUGGACAGGGACGGCACCGUGUGGCACAGCCCCGCCUACAGGGAGCGCUCUAGCUAUGGGGAGAUACAUGUGGAGAAGAUGCGAGCAGACACGUUCUUGCUGUCUCUGUACAACGCCUUACCUGGGGAUGAGGGCCAGUACCGCUGUGUUGCCACUGAAUGGUUUCAGACCGGCACCGAACCGGAGCUGACCUGGGAGAAGCUAGGAGAGAAGUCCUCCACCAAGACGGUCACCGUUAAGACUGUUGAGUCCUCCUUCAGCGUGUCCGCCUCAUCACGGACACCAUCUGUAACCUUUGGAGACUCCUUUGACCUCCUGUGCCUGGUCAAGCCACGUCACAACCCUCGCGUCCCCACCUCCGUGACCUGGCGCUUCAUGCCUGCUGGCUCGGAGGCCGAAGACGAGGAGCAGGGAGAGUUCAAAGAUCUGGUGACUUUCACCCGCGAGGGCACGCUGCAGUGGGGGGAGCAGCUGCUGGGGCUGGGCACCCGCACUACCGUGGACCGCUCCCACUCCAAUACCAACUUCCGCCUGUCGGUGACCCGCGCAGGGCGCCGCGAGGCGGGCAAGUACCAGUGCAGCGCCAUCCUUUGGAGGAGAAACUACGACAACAGCUGGAGCAGAGUGUCCAACCGCACCUCCAACCUGCUUGGCAUCAGUGUCCUGCAGCCAGAGAGUAAGCUGCAAGUGCAAAAGACCAAUCAGUCUCAGGUCUACCCGGAGGACAGCCGCGUCAGGAUCAAUUGCACCAUCACCUCCCAGACCAGCCAGGACUCCCAGCAUGCGGUGCUGUGGUACGUGAGGCGCGCGACGGGGUCAGAGGCCGACGAGCUCCUGCUGAGAAUCGAGCGCUCGGGGGCCUUCGAGUACGGCGCCUACGCAGAUGAGGAGAGGCUGCGGCGUCGCGUGCAGGCCGAGAGGCUGUCGCCGCGCUCCUACGUGCUGACGCUGAACAGGGCCGAGAGCAGCGAUUCCGGGACGUACUACUGCCUGGUGGAGGAGUGGCUGAGUGACCCAGAUGGAGCCUGGUAUCGACUCUCCCGGGAGUCCUCAGGGCUCACGCAGGUUCUGGUCAGACAGCCAGAAGUUCGACUGCAGGUCGAGGAGCUGGAGUCCAACGUGACAGUGGAAGAGUCCGAUUCAAUCCGAUUGGGCUGCAGCAUUCCCUCCCAGUCGUCUCGAGACUCCCGCUUCUCCGUGUCCUGGUACGUGGAGCACUCCGAGGACGAGGACGACGACGGCCAGCCGGACGAGGACGAAAGGGAGCGGGAGUGCGUGUUCUCGAUCGGCCACGAUGCCGUUUUUGGAAACGGAAACUGCAGCCCCCGAGAGGAGGCGGGACCUACCUCCCGCCUGCAGUUUGAGAGGAUGGCGUCCGACCAGUACAGCCUGACCAUUCAGGGGGCACGACCGACAGACGCAGGGCGAUACUACUGCCACGUGGAGGAGUGGCUGCUCAACCCCCGCAACGCGUGGUACCGCCUGGCCACCAACAACUCUGGGUUCACUAUUGUUAAUGUGCUGCAACAAGUGUCCAACCUGCAGUCGGUGGUGUGCUCCAACGAGUCCCUCUUCUACUUCGUCUUCUUCUACCCCUUCCCCAUCUUCGGAAUCCUCCUCAUCGCCCUGCUGCUCGUGCGCUACAAGGGCCGCAGCCACAGCAAGAGCCAGGAGGGCAAAAACGGCGCCCCCCUCCUGUGGAUUAAAGAACCUCACCUGAGUUACUCGCCCACCUGUUUGGACCCCCCUGCGCUCAGCCUGCACCCCGGCUCUGUUGACUAAGCGAGGGUCCCCGCCCCCCUUCCUGUUCCGCUCUUGUUGCGGAUCCAGCCAACACAAUGCCAGGGAGCAGAUGUGGACUCCACUUUCAGAACUUACUGUCGUUCACUGCUGUGUUGAAUUAGUCAGUUGAUCAGUUUUAAGAUUCCUACCCUGAUUGCUGCCUGUUUUAUGUUAACAACUGUGUGUGUGUUUGUGUGUGUGUGUAUGGACAAGAAUGCGUGUGCCAUGUUAGCACAAUUAAGUGUGUGAGUGCAAACUGAAGGAUGAGAGAGUAUCACAAGCCUCUCUCUCUCUCUCUCUCUCUCUCUCUCUGUUGUUUUGUUUUCUGCGAAACCUAAUCUCAUAGCUGCAUUUUGAGUUUUUUAUUAUUCUGAAUAUGUGUCUAUUUUUCAAGAAGAGAAGAAAACUGCGCACAUGAGAUCACUGGCCAAUCCGGGAAGAAGAUUUAAGAGAGGGAACUCUAUAAUGGACUCUGGCACUGAGCGGAUGCCAAAAAAAAAAGAAAAAACAUCUACACACUGAUCCAAGAGCAGCCACAGCCUGGCCCACUAUGUUGGUUGCCAUAGUGAUGCUCUGCGCCCACUGACUUCGUAGCCGAUGACUUGGUUUCCAGCCUGCAUAGAGACAAAGGCAAGGACACACAAGUCUGUGUCCUAAGUGAGGAUGUGUGUAUGUGUGUUGGCCCACCUGCCUCCACAAUGAAUUUGCCUUGGCAGACAGAAACAGGUCCUGGUGCGCCACUUAAACACUGCCAGACACUCUGGCCUUAGCGAGAGACUGCUCCGCUCUUCUCCUCCAUCCUCCUCCUCCUCCUCUCCCAAAAGAGACAGCGAGGGAACGCUAGGGAGGUCAGAAAGGAUGGAGAAUAAAUGAACAGCUCUCUCCUGCUGAGGAUCUAUGUACUUCAACACAUGGGAUUUUUUUUUUUUUUCAGUGCCAAGUCCUCCUUAUUUCCAAUGCUGUCGUCUGCAGCCAGUAUUUGAAGUUUUAAAGAGAGGGGGGGAAGCUGAUUGGUUCCGAGGCAGAUCGUGAACAUGACUGCUUACCUCCUGCUGUGGGUUUAUGGGGCCUCGUGGGCAAAAGGGCAAUUUCUACACCCGUGUUAAAUCAGUUGAAUUGUCCUUCUUAAAUUGCACAGUGGGGGUCGAUGGCUGAAAUUGAAUUCUUGCACAUUUCUUUAAGUUGCCCAAUAUGACCACUCUGUUGUCCUGUCUUUAAAAGAUACCAGAAGCUCAAAUAAUGCAUAUUAAGUUAAACAACAAGACUUGGUCUGUUACGAACCACCCAUCAGAUUACUAAUGUGUAGAUGUGUAGUCAAACACUCUAAAAUGUAUUCUGCACAUUAUAAGCAAACCUAGAUUUGUGUUUAUUUUAAAGAUUUUUCUAUUUAUUGUUUUAUACUACUUUGCAUAGCUUUGUAAGAUUUUCUUUUUGUUUUUUGUGCUUUGAAAUUCUCUAAAACCUGUGCUGCUUGCGUUGCCAGGCAACUGCACCAAAGCAGAUUAUGUCAAUAGCCUGUGUGUUGGCAACGUGGUAGAUGUAGAAAUGCUAGAUUCGUCCUGCGCAUUGCAGUCUGUAGCAUUUCACACCAGAUUGUCAAGUUUGGUCAGUGUCACAACACUGUAUAUCUAUAUCUAUAAUGGAAUUAACUGUGGCUUUUUCAUGUACAGUAGUCCAACAGACAAGUCACAGGAAUUGAUCCACUUAAUGCUUCUUCGCUCGCGUUGCGUUUAUUUAGUGAAAUGUGAUGUAACACCUUGGUAGGAUGUUUGAUCAAAGCCGAAAAUGAACUGCUGCGACAUCGUCUUCUUCUUGUGGAUUCUCGCUGAGGGUGUAUCUCUUCAGUUCCCCCUGACAAAAAGGCAGAAGGGUUGAAAAUCACUUUUCCGCUGGAACUUGACAGCCGGGAGACACGAUAAAUCCUCCUGCCCGACCCGGGCCCUAACCCUCUCACUGCCAGACUGGACCUGAAAUGAAAAACUCUCGAAAAACUUGACAUCGUUGUCUCAAGUGUGUCAACAUGUAUAUUGCAUGAGUAUUGCAGGAGGAAUUUUGAUGUUUUGUAAACUUUGAACUCUUUGAGCAUUGUGUUUGUGUGACAGAGCAGUGCCCAAUCCCACCCCCACCCCUCCUCCUCCUCCUUGACCCCGACUUCCUGAGCCAACACAAAGCCCAGCCCUCUCAUCAUUAUAUCAUUAUUUACUAUAUUCGACUGCCAACGAUGCCCAUCCAACAUAUAAAGUUCUCUAUCUGGAGAUUGUGUUUGAUAUUACUGCUCAUAUUUUUUUCUUUUAAACGCUUUGCUUUUAUGCAGAACUUCAUUAAACGGAUUUAUGUCAUUAAUAAUCCCCCAAAAAAGUAGCCGAUACUGACACAAGCUUACGAAUUCUAAGAUAUCAACUUGCUUUGCUGUUUUUUCUUGUUAGCAUUUCAAGUCCACACCGAACCGCCGCUGAGUGGAGAAGAGCUGGUGCUGUAAAGUCAGGGGAGUCAGACAUGUCAUGUAUUUGCAGCUGCAACUCAGUUUGAUUAAUGUCAAAGAAAAAGGCCCGUCACUGCCUGUCCACUCAUUAUUAAACACGUGUUUUCAGUUUUGUUCUCAUGAACGAGACAUUUGCCACAAAUAAUUUAGCCAAGAAUUUGGUCAGUUAGGUUUUAGGGUCAGGACAAAACCAACUUACAAAGGAAAAAAACACGAGUAGUCCACAACGAACAUGUAGUUGAUGAGGUGACAUUUAAUCUAUAAAAGUCUUACACCCAUGAGAAGGAAGAAAAGGACAGGUGAUGCAAAAAACACAAUCCACUGUAUAGCAUAUCGAGGGUUUGUGCUAUUUCAAAUGCACAUUGAUAGAAAUAUGGACAUUGACGUGUUUAUGCAUGAGAAAGUUACAUCUGUAAAUAUUCAAGUUUGUUUUCUGCAUCACGUGAUCUAAUCGUCAGCCUGAUUUUCUGUUUGUGUGUAUAUACUGCAAAUGUCACCUCGUUAAGUCGCAAUAUUCAGAGUGUGAAUGGUACAGCCCCCUGUUGCUAUUUGAUGCAAUGCUACUACAAGUCAGAAGUAUAUAUAUGUAUAUGUAUAUGCAUAUGUAUAUAUAAUAAAUGAACAGCAGGAAAGUCAUUCUGUGCAUUCCCAGGCAUCACCAGGAAGAAUUGAUGCAACUGUUGUCAUGGUUGCAUAUCUGAUAGACUUGCAUCAUAUGAAGCCGAUUUUGAGUUUUUUAUAAGCAAAUCAGGAGCUGGUUUGCUGGAUUGUUUCUUUUUUAUAAAUAUGGAACAAUCCUGGAGGUUGAGUCACUGUAUAAAUCACAUUAAUCCCAGACUGAAUUCAUUCUAAAUUCAAUUCAUUUCAUCUCUGUAGACCUGAGCCAGGAAGUAUAGGGCACGGUUGUUGUCACAGCGCUGCCGCCACCGCCGGAGCUGCACACGAGCUCUGAAUAGUGUAUUUUUUGUUGUUAUAAUAAUAAUAAUAAUAAUAAUAAUAAUAUUAAAAGCAUCCAUCGCUGCCUCCCAAGAUUCCUCCCGACAUUCUGACAGUGUUGUAGCUGCAUUUCGAGGGCUGCAUGUUUCGGCUGUGUGCUGGCUCCAGAUUUAGGUGUAAAAUAGUUUGUGGUGAUGUUUUCAGUUCAGCCAGUGAUGCUUUAUUUUCAGUGAUGUAUUUUUAUAUGACCAUGGUUUGUUUAUUUUCUUUUUUUCUUAAUAGUUGCCAUCGUGAACAUUAAAGAGGCACUUUGCUAUUGUCAGUUUAUUGCAAUAAAAUACAUUCGGUGCA